ACCGUGAUAGGUUGCCACCUGUGCAAUAAGUCCAUCCGUGAAAUUUCCCUGCUACUAAAUACUCUACGGUCAACUGUUAGUGGUAAUAUAACAACAGCAACUCAGCUGCAAAGUGGUAGGCCAUGUAAAAUGACAGAGCGGGGUCAGCGCAUGCUGAAGCGCACAGUACGCAGAAGUCGCCAACCGUCUGCACAGUCAAUAGCUAAAGACCUCCAAACUUCGUGUAGCCUUCAGACUAGCACAACAACAGUGCAUAGAAAGCUUCAUGGAAUGGGUCUCCAUGGCUGAGCAGCUGCAUCCAAGCCUUACAUCACCAGGUGCAAAGCGAAGCGUCGGAUGCAGUGGUGUAAAGCACGCUGCCUCUAGACUCUACAGCAGAUACUUGCCUGACUGCAUUGUGCCAAGUGUAAAGUU